UUGAUAUGGUCCAUAAGCGACUCACUAAUUUAGACACCAAGUACCAAAAGGCUAUUCUUCAAGUAGGAAGUAAAGACUGUGCAAAAUCAUCAGAUAAGGCCUCGAUCAAAGCCAAAUACCAAUUAGCUAUUAAGGGUGCCAAGAACAUUGCUACCACUGUUGCCGUUUCUAGCAUUUGCCCUCGAACCGACAAAGAAUUGGCUCAGAAUACCGCCGAUGCCCUUAAUGCUGAGCUACAGAUCCUAUGCGAGGAGGAAAAGAUCGAGUUCAUCAACAAUGACACAAAUGGCUUUAAACUACAGAGUGGAGAAAUAAAUGAAGGUUAUCUCUGGUCUGACGGUCUUCACUUAUCAAAGCCAGGAUCUAAUAAAUUGGCACGUAACAUGGGACUCGGCUGUAAGACACGAGAUGUUACAAAAAACAACCGUGCCCGUCAACAGCAACGUAACUUGCAACGCUCAUCACAGGCUAUAGCCCAACACAAACCCACCAGCAACGAUAUUCAUGUACCCUCUUUGCAGCAACAACAGCCCCCUGUACGUGACCAACGUGCCCAGCCCCCCUCCCAUGAUAUUUCACGUAACAUUUCACCAGCCUGUUUUAAAUGCGGAGAAAGGAGUCACCUUGCCAAUUCUUGUUGGCACACAAAUUCCAUACGCUGCCACUCCUGUUCUAAUUUUGGACAUAAGAAAGCAAGGUGCCCAUUCACACAAAACUUAAACCACCCUAAUUUUGUUAAUGGACAGUUUGGACAGCGCUGGCC